AUUUUUUUUAAAAAAUUAAUAAUUUGAAUAAUUACUAUCACUGUAUUAAUUUCUUUAUCAUCAAACUCUUGAUUUAUUUAUUGAUUAAUAAUAGAAAUAAAUAUAAUAUCAUUUAUUCCUUUAAUAAAUAAUUAUAAAUUAAAAAAUUUAAAUGCUAUAAUUACAUAUUUUGUAGUUCAAGCUUUUUCAUCUUCUUUAUUUUUUCUUUCAGCAUUUCAAUAUAAUAUAAUACAAAUUGAAUUCUUUUUAUUUUUAAUUAAUAUUUCAAUUUUAAUUAAAUUAGGUAUAAUUCCUUUUCAUUUAUGAUUAAUUUCAAUUAGAGAAAUAAUAAAUUUUAAUUCUAUUUUAAUUUUAUUAACAAUACAAAAAAUCAUUCCUUUAUUAAUUGCAGAAAAAUUUAUAAAUAAUUCAUUAAUCCCUUUAUUUUCAAUAUCAACUUUUUUUGCAUCAUUUUUAGCUAUAAAACAUAAAUUAAUAAAAAAAAUUUUAAUUUUUUCUUCAAUUUCUCACCAAGGAUGAAUUUUAUGUCUUUUAGUAAAAAAACUUAAUUUUUGAAUUGCUUAUUUAAUACUAUAUUUUAUUAUUUUCUUUAAUAUUAUUAGAAUUUUUAAUAAAUAUAAAAUUAAUUUUUUUUCUGAUUUUAUAAAAAAAAAAAUAAAAUUAGAAAUUAAAAUUAAAAUAAUUAUAUUAAUAAUAUCUCUAGGAGGAAUACCUCCAUUUUUAGGGUUUUUCAUAAAAAUUGUAUCAAUUUAUUUAUUAAUAAAUUUGAAAUUAAUUUUUAUUUUCAUGCUUAUUUUAUCUUCAUUACUUAAUUUAUUUUUUUAUAUACGAAUAAUUAUUCCUUUUUUUUUUAUUAAUUUAAAAUUUUUUACUUGAAAUAAUAUUUUUAUAAAUAAAAAUAUUUAUAUAAACAUAAAUUUAAUUAUUCUAAUUGUUUUAAUUUAUAUAUAUAUAUAA